AUGCAGCUGUCACUGACUCAAGCAUGCACCUGGAAGGGUCUGUUGCUGAUGGUGUCAUGCAUGUUCCUGUGGGUAUAUGUGACUGCCUUACUGUAUGACCAGAUGUCCAAUGAAGAGCUGUAUGACGAUAUGCUUUCCUCUUCUCAUCGCACCUACAAAGUCGCCCGAAAAAUGUAUAAAAUCUUAGACUCAAAGUUAACUGAGAAGAUACGUUUUAAGAAUAAAAAAAGCAAGGCCUGCCAAACUAAUUCUACCCAUACUAUAAACAAUAAAGAAGACCUUCUGAAAGUCAUCAUCAAUGUUUCAAAUGCCUGGAUAUAUCCACUGAAAAUUCUCGUACCUGCAGUGUUGACCCAUUUAGACUCCUAUGAUGGUAUGCUGGCAAGAGCCAUAGAGGUUAACUAUGGAAAUAAAAAAAUUCUGGAGGGAGCAAAACUUAUACUCAAAAGGAGCCAGCCUGAAAUUAAAGAAAAUGACUACUCUGACUGGUCAGACUUAAAAGAAUUGAGGUCUUCCAAUGAAAGUACUCACCUUCUUGCAUUUUGUAGACUUUUCUACUGCCUGCGCAAGGAUACAAAGAAAGUUGCAUGUUAUCUCACUGCCCUGAAGCAUGACAUAAUCAUAAACAAGUGCUAA